UUUUACUUAUUUUAUUUCAAGACUAUUAUCAAAAAAUUCAAAUGCAGAUGUUCAGUUUAAUGUUUUUUGGCUGCAUGGUUAGAUUGUUUAAAACAAAUAAAGUACUGUGUGUUUAGUUUUUCUACUUAGCAAAUUAAAAAGGGGUUUAAAAUGUCAACACUACCAUCUUUUGCAUCAUUUUUUGAGGAAAACCCUUCAAUUAAAAAGCAAAAAAAAAUCACUAUACACGUCCAUGAUGAAAUUAAAAACACGAUGAGAGAUUUUAAAUGUUCGGGAUAUCUUCUUUUAAAAGAAAUGCCCUACUUUAGAGAUUAUUUGCCUAUAAAUCAUCAUCAAUGGGAUAAUAUUGAUAUUACAGUUCAUUGUGAUGUGAAUAUUUUUCAAUGGUUGAUUAAUUAUAUAAAAAAGAAAGGUGGCGAAGAAUUAAAAUUAGAUGUUAAUAAUAUUGUUCCAUUAUUAUUGUCGUCAGAAUUUCUAAAGAUGAAUAGCUUAGUCAAGAAAUGCAUCAGUUUUUGCUGUAGUCAUUUGAAUGAUGUCAUAGCUGCAUCCAAUAACAUGCAUGGCAUAAGUGACAAGAUAGUAUAUAGAAUUGCAUCUCGAUUCGACCAAAGACAAAUAUAUCAGCUUCAAGAUAAUGAUGAUAAAUUUAAAAGUAGGUUGUUUCGUGUGAAGCUUGAUGAAAUCUUUAAAUCUGAUUAUUCUACCGAACUAUCACCAAAUAAUGCAUCUACUUUGUUUAGGUGUCUUGUCUGUGGAAAGUAUCUUUUGGCAUAUAUCUGUAAUCAAAUUUCAUGUUCAAUUGAUAGAAUGACAAUUGAUAGCUAUGGCAACAUACGCUGGUGCCAUGAAAGGGAUUCCUUAUGGUCAUCUGCAGAUUAUUUGUCGAUGCUAAAAGAGGAGUUAAAAUCUUGGACUCUUGUCUACUGGAGUUUCCGUGCUCCGACUGACGUUGGGAUAUGGAGUUUGAUUAAUUACAUGCAAUGUAAUGUUUGUGAUACUAUAUUUCCUGUUGCGGAUUUUAAGACAUGUGUUUACCAUCCAGGCGCCAUAAUAAGAGCAUCAAGUAAUGGAAAAACAGAUUCAACUUUUAGGUGUUGCGGACAGCCCGAAAAAAAAUUUGAAUUUAUUGAGUUAUAUGACGGAUGUCAGACCAAAGAUCACGAUAUCGUUUUUGAAAACAGCUAUAAGAAAAAUGCUAUCUUAUGCACCAAACAGCUAUACAACGAACUUAAAAACGUAAUUGAUGUGGUUUGUUUUCCAAAAAAUCCCUCAACUGCGACGUCAAAUUCAUUUAGUCAGUGCGAUGUUACAAAGUCUCGAUUCUUUUCUCAAGAUAGGAUAAUAGAAUGUAGAUCUGAUAUUAGCAAUGAAUGUUCUUCACUGUGUCGAUCUAGUAAAAAAACAAGCAAACAGUUAGAACAGUUUCCUAUUUUGAAUAAAGAUAAAAGAUUUGUCAAGCCCUUGUCAAAUUUGACUUGGAAUAACUAUUUACCUCUACGAUUAAAUCAAGAUAUUCAACGAGAACAAGAUGAUAAGCGCAUGAACGAUAUUUUAAAUAGACUAAAUCUUCACUUGGAAUAUCACGAUGAUGAAGGUGGAAUUUUUUCCAUAUUAGAGAAUCGUUUAAAAACGCAUAAAAUAAAAACAAGAUGAAGUUACAAUU